AUGGCGGGAAAGACUGGAGAAGAAAUCGCGGAAGUCAUUGUUGCAACAAGACAUGAACGCGAACGUCAGGAAGCUGCAUUACACCCCUUUAAGAAGGGUAUUCGCAAGACGCGAGAGCGAAAGACUAAAGCUAGUACUUCCGUCGCAAAAGCUCAGGUAGCCCAAGAAGACACUCAGAUCAGAGUAGCCUGUUCGUCCGAACAGGAGCUUAAACACGCGCGAAGCCGAAGGCGGAAUCGAAGUCACAAACAGCAACGAGAGAUAUCUCCCGACCUCUAUAGCCUAGAAGCAGUCAAAACACACCUUCUCGACAUGAAACAUCUGGCCCUCUCAGAUGCCAAAGCUGGACAAACCAAAGAUUAUGAGGACUUUGACUUGUCCGACGUUGAAUCGCCCGACUUUGCCAGAGAUCUACACUCGAAGAUCGAUCGUCAGACCAUGCUUCGCGACAACUGUACAGAUAUAACUACAGUUCAGGCCCUGAUGUUGAUUCGCCAAAUCCUUCAACAUUCCGAUACUAUUAGCUCCUUGGGAGAUCCGCCGAGGAAGCUCAGUGGGGAAGCAGCUCAAACACUGAAAAACGCGAAGAGGUCUCACGAGAAGCUCUGUAUAGAGUUAGCCGUACAUAUCGGCAUAAAGAUCGAAGGAGAGGGACUCGGUAGAUAUAUUGAGGCUAUUAACAUUGUUGGAGAGAUAUUCAACAAAGUUGCCGAGCUGACACAAAAGUGA